AUGAACGGUCCUCCAACUUUUACUCAAUAUAGAAUAAAUAAGUUUUCUGGGAAUGGAGCUACCCAUAAGAUUAGAGAGCUAUUAAAUUUCAACGAUGAAAAAAAAUGGAAACAGUUUUCGAGCAGAAGAUUAGAGUUGAUAGACAAGUUCCAACUAAGUCAAUAUAAGGCAAGCGAACAAGAUCAAAACAUAAAGCAAAUUGCUACAAUAUUGAGAACGGAAUUCGGGUACCCUGUAAGCUGUUCUAAAGAAUUUGAGAAGCUAGUCACUGCUGCUGUACAAUCCGUAAGAAGAAACAGGAAACGAUCAAAAAAACGCUACGCUUUAAGUAUAGCCAACGGCGGGAGCGGUAAUGCCAACAAUAGCAUCUCGUCAAAUUCCACUUCUGAUGAUGAGAUCUCUCCCUCCAUUUACCAGCGUGCCAAUUCGGAAUUCUUACCCACCUCCAAUUAUACUGCAGAUUUCCAGGUCUCGAACAAAUUCCAACCUCUUAUGAGUCAUCAGAGCCCCAGCGGAACAAUUUUCGCUACUAUGAGCAAUCAAGAAGAUCUAUCUCCAUCGGUCACUUCUACUCAGCAAAAGUAUAACGAUAUAGUCACUAUGUUAGUACACGACCUGGUUACAAAUGUUGUGCCCUUAUCAGAACAGGCUCUGAAGGACCCAUAUACGGGACCAAACUUGUCUCACUUUGCUACAUCUUCCCUCAGCCAGCCACCCAACAUUACCGCAAACAUCCCGAUAGAUUCCACAGUACCCUUUUUCUUGAGAGAAAAAUUGCUCCUUCAAAUCCAAAGAUCAAGAACUUGUCAAGACAUUUCGCAGGCUGCAGGAUCCAUUGACAUUUACUCCAAUCUGGAAAUUUUAGGUGAGAUGUCAAUCCGAAUGUCUAUCGCAUUUGUCAUUGAACGAUUUUUCUCCAAUUUGGUAUCUUCCUCAAUGAAGUAUAUCACUUCCAAGACCUGCUCUCCUGAAAAUCUGGCUUUAUUAUCUCAAAGACUCUUUGGCUCCGCUACAAGGCAUAACUUAUCUCAUUUUCCUGCUGCUCAAGUGCAACUAAGACUACUGUAUUUGGUCAUAGGUGGUAUUGUAAAGGAUUUCGGUUUCGACCCUACGUUAUAUCCUUUAAGUGAAAUCAUACAUCAUAUUGUAAUGGUUCAGUAUCCUUUGGCUAGCUCUUGUGCGUCCACAUCUUCCUCCUCACCUAACAAGAGGGUCAAGAGGAGCCCUCCUGCCGUUUCAGGCGACAUUAUGAUGAAUAAUAACACACUAUCGAAUAGGGCUACCCUAUUAACCACGUUACCCAUGAAACCUCAAUUGGCUAAUAAGGAUGUUAAUCGUAGAGUCAUCAUUAGAUUCAAUGAUCAAGAACAGGCCUUCACUUUCCAUCAGUUGAGUAAUGGCCCACCCACGGUCUCAGAAAUUUUGGACAACUGUAGAAACUUAUUCAAUAUUAUCAACAAGAACAAAAAUUUCGGUAUCUUCCAUAACGAUAGCCUACUGAAUGACGAAACUUUGGCAAGGUUGUUUGAUUCUUUUUCUUCAAGCGAAAUUCAUCUUACCAUCAGAGACAUUUCCAGCAUUCCACUACCAGAUACCAAAGUACCAGUGCCCAUCACACUACCCAAAAUGUCAUGCUUAGGGGAUAACCCCCCUAUACCUUCCAUUCAAUUGGUAUCACAUGAGAAAGAUGAUCCAAAAAAGUCAAGCCUAACAGCUUUUGAUAACAUUAUUAAUAGAAUAUCUAAAUCGCCAAUGAAUGAAGAUAACAGUAACACCACUCUAAACACCAAUACCACCGCUCUCAACACAAAUAAUAAUGAUAAUAACGAAGCUGUACCCGUACCUUACGUCACAAAGAAUAAAAAUUCUUUUCAAAAUGGCAAUCUACCCCAGCCGGUUUUCCAACCUUUGCUAUGA